GGACAGGUAGGUAAAUGUUCUCACACACACAACACCGCUGGUAAGUAGAUCAAUUAAAUGCAUUUGUUUUGAGAUUUAGAAGUUUAGCGAAAGUGAGCUCCUCAGGGAGGUCAUCACACAGAAACACACUGAUGCGGGUAAUCAGAUGUGAACCGUUUGGAAUAAAGUAAAAAUGAGCAAAUGUUUCAUUUUAUUUAGUAUUUGUUGGUGAUAUUUUAUCUAAACUCUGCUUCAGUAUCACUUCGUACCCCAGUAUAACACAACGACAUUCUCAUAGUAACCUAAUUUUCAGUUUAAUAAAAUUUAUUACACAGAUCAAGUAUUAUUUUGACGUCAUCUCGCAUGUUUUUGCAGGUUUUCAACCUUGUUCAAAAAUGUAAUUCUUUAGUAGCAAUGACAAACAGAUAUCGUGAAUGUUUAGCUUUUUUUUUGUCUACACAUAAAACUAAUUUAUGUUUUGUUAAAUGUGGUUGCACAGGGAUCUUUAUGUUAAAUAAAGGAGUUUCUUAAAACCACUGUGCUGUUGAUGCCUCUUAUUUGACCCUCUGUUCUAACACUAUUGAUGAGUCACAGUUUGAUCUAAAAUGGGUAAAAACAUUAUUUUUAUUAUUGGCCAAUGCUUUAUGUUUUCAUUAUUGAUACAAUAUGUGAAUUAUUUACUCUUCAGCACUGAUUUUCAGUUUUGUCAAGAUAAAUGUGGCAGCACCAGGAAAUGACAAAGUGUUAAUAUUUGGCAUGAUUUUAAUAUUUAUAUGCAAACAUAAGGGAUGGUGAUUUAGGAGAUAUUAUGAAAUCCAUGAAUUUUUGAGUUUUUUUGUCAAGUCAUCUUUAUACACUAAAAACCCUGAGUCAAAACUGAUCCAGUGCAGUUUUAAUGUGGCACCUUUAGGAUUCUUUAAGAAAAGUCCAGGAGCAAAAGGUUGAAUUUACUGUAAUUGCUUAAAGGGCCCUCAUCCAGUUCUUUAUUUUUUGUCUUUGCCCAUAACAUUGGUAUACUACAGUAUAUGUGAUAGUGUUGUGUUGCUGCUGUGCCGAUUCAACGCUGGGUCAGGUUAUCCUAGGUUUAAUGGCAUAGAUAGGGUUUGCUGGUUCUUUAUUAAAACAAAAACAAAUGUUUUGUUUUGAUUAUAUACAGUGGGGGGAAAAACUUUAUAGUCACAAAUAAAUUCUUUAAAAUUCAGACAAUUUGAUUUUCUGUUUUUUUUUUUCCUCUUAUAGUUGAGGUAUACCUAUGAUGAAGGCCUCUCUCAUCUUUUUAAGUGGGAGCACUUGGUGGCUGACUAAAUCCUUUUUUGCCCCACAAAGUUUAAGUCAACUGGACUUCUUCUUUUCAGUAGAAACAUGUCACCGCCAAUCCAGGUGGCCCACCGAUGUAUAUGUCAGGAUGACUUGCAGUGUGAGAUGAUGGGGCAUCACUGUUUGACCUUUUGCUACCACUUCGACACAUUCACAGCAAACCGGUGGAAGUUUAAAGAUGGAGGAAGUGUGGGUUGGGAGCCAGCAAAGGAGGUGAUGCGCUGCUUUUCUCUGCCAUGCCCAAGGCUGUUCAUUAUCAACACGAGGGAAGGUAAUCAUUGAAGUGAUCCACUUUUAACAGGGUUGAUGGUGGCCGAUUUGGGGAAUGAAUUCUCACUGUGUCUGUCUUCACUUCCUGUCCUCGUUCUUCUUUAGCCCAGUUUGUGGCCCACUUCUGAUUCUAGAAGAACAAUCGAUUUUGGGGUAAAAGUAAUUUUAGAAUUGUGCUAAAUUCCACAGCUGCUUUGAAAAUCUUUAAUUUACAUUUCUUUCUUCUAAAACAAUGUUGAAUGUUAUGUACGUUACAACUAGAUUCCAUAUGUCACAGUUACUCUAGUCAGUGGGUCAACUGUUUUCAGAGACACAAUAAUUUGUCUUAAACUGGUGGAGAGUCAGGGCCUGCUGACCAUUAAUAUUAUAAACUUAAAGCCAGAACCAGAAAAUGUUUUUGUUUUGGUUUUAUUUUGGGUUUUUUGUGACAGUAUGUGUUAAUGUCAAUAAUAAAAUUAGUAAAUUCAUAUCUUUUCUGUCUUAAUAUUACCACAAUCUGAUUGUAGUCGUACUAAUCAUAAAAAUUAAAAGAAUAAGGUCAUGAGCAUUUGUUUAAAUAUGGCUGCUUCAUUGUGAAAUACUGGAGACCCCCUCAGGCUCCUUAAACAUUCACAAAAACCCCCAAAUGUCUCAAAAGGUUUCCUAAAGUAAAUGUUUUUCUUGCCCAAUAAUCUCACAUUUCUCAUUGUUUGCUUUGAGCUAAAUCUGAUUGUCUGCUGAAUGAAUGGAGCCAUUUGGUUAAAUAUAGUUCAGCCCUAUUUUCUGCAGGGUGCUGGCGACGCCUCCGUACAGUGCGUAAAGACGCAUUAAGAAGUGGCACAGCAGCUGAUAAUCCAGACAGGAGGUGCUUUCGGUUCGAGCACAGCCUUUCAGUGAAGAGGUAAAGAGGGAAGGAGCUGUGGGACCGGCCCCGCUUGCUGUCUCACUUGCUUCACUUGCUAAACUCUCCUCUACUUUGCUCCUCACAAACCCACUUUUGUGCCCAAGUGUUUUGAGCGACUUCCAACAAGUUUGUGUUGAGAUGGUCUCCGUCUGUCCGAGACGGAGUCUGUUAAUGGGAUUUCUCUGUGCUCUGCAUCACCCGAGGGCAGCUGGACGGUGAGCCAAGAGUGUCUGGAGGCUGGAUGGACAACAUGUCCCCACAGCAGCAGCAGGACAGCCUCGGCGGCGGCGGCGGCGGCGGGCAGCAGGACAACAAACGGCGGAUGAAGUCUCAGAGUUAUCGGCGUCAGUCUGCUCCGUCUAUGGUCAUCACCAAGGCCCUCACCAGGUCCAAGACUCUGUCCAGGGAGACGCUCUUCGUUCCAGCGAGUCCAGAGACCUGCUCAUUGGUCCAGUCGUUCCUGACCGGCUCGGACCGCUCAUUCCUCCUCCACGUUCACGCUCAGUUGAAGACGGGGAUGCAGACCCAGUACAGACACCUGUUCCUGUUCAAUGACACACUGGUGGUCGCCAAAGCCAAGUCAGCCAACCACUUCAAGCUGAAGGCCCAGGUGCGCAUGUGUGAGAUGUGGACGGCGAGCUGCAUGGAGGAGGUGUGUGAAGGAAGCACCAGCCCUGAGAGGAGCUUCGUCAUGGGCUGGCCCACCUGCAACUGUGUCGCUGUGUUCAGCUCAGUGGAACACAAGGACAAGUGGCUGUCUGUACUCAAAAGCCAGAUAAAAGAAGAGAAGGAGAAGGAAGAGCCUAAAACCAUCCCCCUCAGAGUGUAUGGGAAGGGGAUCAACACCUUUGCUGUCACCAAGACGCUUCCUGUCAGCAACUCAGACUCAACCAAUGAGGUGAUCCGACUGGCCCUGCAGCAGUUCGGCAUCAUAGGCAACGUGAAAGAUUUCCAGCUGUGGGUCAUCUCCAAGAGGGACAACACUCCAUACCCUCUAAUAGGCCACGAGUUUCCCUUCAGCAUCCAGAUGAGUCACAUGAGGCCCUCGGCGUCUCAGGGAGGCUGCAGGGACACGGCGGCCGCGGACAAGCAGAGGGCCACGCCGGUGGAGCAGCUGCAGGCGUACAAGCAGUGCCAGUUCAUCCUGAGGCCACGGCCCAAUGAGACGUUCCCGCAGCCCGUCUGUGCAGAAUUCUCCCAGAAGCCGUUCAAGCGGAGGCGGUCCCUCAUCGCCUGGGCCUUCUGGCGAGGCUCCUCCUCCCACCUGAGCGACCUCUCCCUCGCCGGCACACCUGCCGGCUGCCUGUUCGGCCAGCCGCUCAGCGCCGUUUGUGUGGAGGGUGCUCUGCCUAAAGCAGUCAUGGACAUGCUAGCGUUUCUUUACCACGAGGGUUCGUGGACGCGGGGGAUCUUCCGACGGCCGGCGGGAGCCCGCGCCGUCAGGGAGCUGCGGGACUCCCUGGACGCAGGGGACGCCCAGCUUCCUCUGUCACGCGACCACGUCUUCAUCAUAGCCGGGGUCUUUAAGGACUUCGUGCGCAGCAUCCCCGGCAGCCUGCUGUGCAGUGAGCUUCACGAGGAGUGGACAGACGUGCUGGAGGAAGGGGAUGAGGAAGAGGAGCAGGUCCAGGACGUACGCAGAAUGAUUUGUCGGUUGCCCAAGGACAACGUCCUGCUCCUGCGCUACAUUCUGGCCAUGCUGCACGGCGUCCAGGGCAACGCCCACGAGAACCAGAUGACCAGUUUCAAUCUGUCAGUGUGCAUCGCUCCCAGCAUCCUGUGGCCUCCUGGAGCUCCUGGUAGCCCCGAGGUGGAGGGCGAAGGAACCAAGAAGGUCUGUGAGCUGGUGAAGUUCAUGAUUGAACACUGUCAGCAGAUUCUUGGAGAAGAUCCCUCGUCUCUGUUUGGAGGACCACCGCAGAGACCCAACACAGAGGAGACGGCAUCAGACUCAUCAUACGACAGUCUGGAGAACGAGCUGGACAACAGCAGCGGCGGCUCCCCCAGCGUGAGCAGCCGAAGGCCCCUUUGCCCCAAACCACUUCAAACCAGCCUGGAUUCCAUCCUCACAUUAAGCGACUGCGACCAAGACGCUGACCCGGACGUGCACCACAUGCAGCCCGAGAGUCUGCGUGGUCUGAAAUCUCACCGACUUGGGAGAACCCGAGGCAGGAGGCCGAACCCUGACCCGGUGCUGGACUCUGUGUGCUUGGACGGUGGGCACACGCUGCGACGGCGCUCGGAGCCGGCGAUAGCAUACGUGGCCAAGUUUCGACCGUGUGUAGCAGCGAGAACCGAUGAUCGUACGAGUAAGGAUGAAGAAGGUGAAGGCGACUUUGCAAAGACGUCCUGCAGCUACAUCACCCAUGCACAGUCCGGGGAUCAGAGCUGGGGGCCUGGAGAGGAGUGUGGGCUGAACCUGAAUAGUGGAGGGGCAGCGGUUUUGGAAGCCAGCUCCUCCAGCCUCUCCUCCACCCCCAACUCCCCUGCACUGACCACCUCCUCCCUGGACUCCCUCAGCAGUGACCAGACCUGGGUCACCAGACGGGGAACGCACCCAACCAAAGCACAGCUGGCCUCCUCUGGAUCACUGUCCACCUCGGUCCCCUCUGCAGACCUGGGUCCGACUAAUCCUAAAAGCUCUCCACCCAGAGAACCACUCACCUGGGGAACCUUAAAAAGCUGCAGGGGCCUCCACCCGAACUCUUGGCUGAAAAAAGACCGGAGACUGUCUCUAACCCACCAAGACAACCUGGACAAAGAGGACGAGGACAAGUCAGCGGGAGGACCAGCUGACAAGUUGCUCUCACUUGGACCAGAGAAAGGAAAAGCAGGUGACAGGGGAGGAGCUCAGCUGAUGUCCAGCAGCCAGCCCAAACCCAAGCCGCCUGCCAGGCUCUGUAAGGAUGCAGCAGGAGGGGGGAAUGGAGCAGGGAGGGCUGUUCAGUGGCCUCACAAACCCCAGCAGCUUAAACAUGACUCUUCCAGCCCACCGUCCCAUCACCGCUCCACGGACAGCCUCCUGUUUCCCAGAACCCCAUGGUUCCAGGCCUCAGACUCCCCAAUGAGCGCCAGGCAGCUCAGUGCUGACGGCGGCGUCAGCAACCAGAGGGCUGCAGCUCAGAGUGAAGGCAGCGAGCCGAAGCAGUCUGGGUCCCACAAGCAGAGUGGGCCAUCGCUCUCACUGUUCAAGCAAUGCAGCGCAAAGCUCCACCAGCGCCGGGGGUCCGAACCUGCACGCCAGAUUGUGGGCCAGGCCUCCACCUUUACCCGGGCCAGGCUGCCCAGCGAUCCGGGGCUGAAGGUGUCCGAGGUGGACUCGCACGCAGGCACGGCCGAGGCGCGGUUCUGCCUGUCUCCUUGUGCCACCAAAGCAGUGAGGGAGUACUUCUCAUCCCACCCGUGCAGUAGCCCCCAGAGCAGCCAGCAGGUGGCGCUCGCCCUGGUGGAGAGUCACAGGGAAUGGCUGAAGAGAUGCAGCAACCCCUCAGCGGAGCCCGACUUCGACCAGCUCCUGUUUGCUGAAGAAUCCUACGUCUGAGAAGAUGAUGACAUGCAGCAAAACCACAUCACAUUUAAUGCAGACGUACACAACUAAACGAUAACAUCACAACCUUUUAAAAGGUUCUGUUCACAUUUCAUAGUUUUAGAAAAGUACAGCUUUCAAAGGGUUUUAAAGGUGUGAAUAGUGGUGAGCAUAAAUGUGACUAUAUGUCUGAUUAAGCCCCAAGACACUGAAUUAAACAAUUUAGUUUAAUAGUUUUAAUGACUUAAGUCAACCAAUUCAAGAUAAGUUUACCUAUGGUUGGUUACCACUAAGAGUGUGACUUUACUUUUGUUGCUCUAGCUUUGUAGAAUCAGAUUUAUUGGCUAAGUGUGUUUGCACACAAUGUAUAAUUUGAGUUUCUGUCAAAGCUGGAUUAACACUCUGUGUUGACCGAUUUUCUACCUACAUCAAGCCAAAGCUUAAACCUGCCAAUUUAAAGUACAGACCUACACCUAAACACGGCACAGCUGCAACCUCUCCGCCACACUGGACAAAGAAGAACCGGCCUAUGAGGAAGUACAGGCAACUUGAUUGAGUAGAAACACACACACAUUCCAGGAAUAUAUGUAAUUAUAGCAAAUUAUUCUUCUGUUCUAGUAUUAUUAUAGAUUAUAGUAUUCUAGUACCACUCCAUUAAUGGUAGAAAACUGGAGCUCACUCAUUGACUUGAGUUUCACAUUCCAGUCGUGCCCUGUCCAACAUGGCAGCGAUGCUGAUCCAGUGCUGUGUAGAUAAACUACCUGCUAUUGCCUUCUUCUCCUCGCGGUACUGCCCAGUCACACACUAGAGCACUGUAAAAAUGGGGUUUUGUGACUUGUUUACAUACUAAUGAAUGCAUGUCUAAACAGAUGACAAGCAGCGCUCAAAUGGAACGUUUGAGAACUCGCUGUGAUGCAACAUUUUGAGUUUUUGCAAUCAUGAGCUAAAGCGUCGUUAGGUGGUCAAGGAUUGUGCUCAAAAUCCUUAAAAACAUCAGUUAAAGAAUUCUAGAGUAACUGUGAAAUGGAUUCAUCAACCGGCACCUUCCCAUUGAGAUGAACACAGUACUGUAUGUAUCUAGGACCCGAAGCUGCAAUAACUGGUAUUUCCUGUACUCGGCCUGUAGAGUAAACACAGUGAAGGUACUCACUGUACAACUGCACCUUGCUCUACAUUAACAGUAAGACGUACUUUCUACAUAAGUGACUAUAGGUUAGGUUCACAACUACUGCUUCCUGUCGCUUUCAGCAGCUUAAUUUAACUGUUCUAAGUUACACACACUAAGUUCUAUGCUGUGAUGUCACUUCUAAGGUGAAAAAGGCUCUUUAAAACGUAGUGAACAGCUUUUCAGGUGCUUCCUCUCGUGUUCCUGUUUGUUCUGUGACAGAGUUAAACAUGAGCGGCAGCACAAGUUGCAGCUAUGAUGCUCGUUUUCCAUUGGUUGCCAAUAACAUCUGAUGUUUCUAUUAUAUGUAAAUAUGAACCCUGUGCUAUGUUUUUAAUGGUUAUUCUUACACGGCUCUAAGCAUUUUGUUAUGUGAUCAUUUUCAUACGCGUUAAUAAGCUGUUUAACUCUGCUUUUGCAAAUAAAGGAUUGAAUGUUUAA